UUCAAGUGUGUAAUUGAAAUGGCAGAAACAGCUCCAGCAAUUCCCGCUGCAGCACCGGCUAAGGCGGCGACGAAGAAGAAGAAAACGAGCACGAAGCCCAAAAAGAUUGGUCCUAGCGUGUCUGAUUUAAUCGUGAAGGCCGUCUCGGCUUCAAAAGAGCGCCACGGACUUUCUUUGGCUGGGCUCAAGAAGGCUUUGGUUGCUAGUGGCUACGAUGUGGAGAAGAACAACGCUCGCGUGAAACUGUCCGUAAAAAGCUUGGUUAGUAAAGGCUCUCUCGUGCAGACGAAAGGUACCGGCGCCUCUGGGUCCUUUAAAAUCAACAAGAAGCAGGCAGAGACCAAGGAGAAAGUUGCAAAGAAAAAGGCGGCCCCAAAAAAGAAGCCAGUGGCGAAAAAGUCCGCUGCCGCCAAGAAAGUGAAGAAGCCGGCAGCCAAGAAACCCGCUGUACUCAAGAAGACGGCUAAGAAGCCUGUUGCAGCCAAGAGUCCCAAGAAAGCGAAGCCGGCUGCCAAGCCCAAAAAGGCAGUUAAGAGUCCGAAGAAGGCUAAAGCAACAAAGCCUAAAGCGGCCAAACCGAAGAUUGUCAAAUCUGUAUCCAAAAAGAAGUGAUUUACAUGACUUGAUACCUAAACAUAUAAAAAAACGGCUCUUUUAAGAGCCC